AUGUCGUGCUCCCUCAAAGUCUUGCCCAAACCCGGCACACCCAGCAGGCUGGUUCACCGGUGCUUUGCCGGCUCUGUGCUUCCCUAUUCUCGCGGCACUGAGAUCAUGGAUCAGACGGUUCGCCGAUUUCUUGAUUCCAAAUUGCGUUCGGCCCCAGCGGGAUCGCCAACUCCAGUUUCUACACUACUUACUUUCCAGUUUGAACCAACUUACACAUUAGGUCGCCGCGACCGUGGGUCUUUUAGCGAUGAUUCAGGACUUGCACAUCAUCUAUCUGAUGGUGGCGCGGCGGCUGUUGUUCCCACAUUUCGUGGUGGCCAAACAACGUUUCAUGGACCGGGACAGCUUGUUGCUUAUCCGAUUCUUGACCUGCGUGCUUUUUCUUCUACCACAGAUGCCGCUGGACUGCCUGUCCGGUGCUAUGUAGAGCUUCUUGAGCGCACCAUUAUUUCUACUUUGCGCCGUCAUUACGGCUUGAGUGCCAUGACGACUGAAAAUACUGGCGUUUGGGUUGAUCCAGAUCAUAAGAUUUGUGCACUCGGAAUCCAUGUGCGCCGACAUAUAACAUCUCAUGGAAUUGCCCUCAAUGUGUCUACAGAUACUCACCGCUGGUUUGAUCGCAUUGUGGCCUGUGGGUUGCCCGACAAACAAACAACGAGCAUUGCACAGCAACUUAGUGCACACGAAGAGACUGGUCCUGACCUAUCUGUAACCGCUGCUGCCCAUUCUUUUGCCCAGGAACUUGCAGAGUCUUUUGGACUAGAGCUUGAGGAGGAAUAUAUAUAG